GCGGAAGUGCUGUUUGAAAGUGUCCCCGGCAGUGAGUUUCACUUUGCCGAGACUUGGUUCCUGACAGCAGGAUGCCGUUCGGACGGGACUGGGAGACUCUGCACGCCCUCCGGGACACCCCGAAAGGGAAACUCGUAUAUGGCACCGAGGAGAACCUGCUGGAGGAGCUUCAACUUAGCGAAGCGUCUUGGAUUCUGCCUUCAUACUGUGCACAGGUUCUGGAUAAUGUUUUACAGCACACAGAGCUGGAUACGGCUCCCAUUAGCGGCCUCUCAUUCCACAAUGUUGAGCUCAGCUCUCAGACGAGUUCCCCUUCAACUGCUGAUCCACCCGUAUUGACGUCUUCAGCCCCCUCAGAAAGCAGAUCAGAAGAGACCUUUCAAGAUGACAAAGAGUCCACAGAAGUCCAGGAUGAAUCCUCCUUUAACAGUCGGUCUACCACAGCAAUGGAAGUGGAAUCCUCUCUUCGAAUGUAUGAGAACUCACGGACAUUGAAACUGAAGGAUGAACUACGUAAACGACAGGAGUUUAUGGAGAUGAUGAGCAAGUCUUUUGCCGAAAAGGCUGCAGAGCAGUUCAAACGAUAUGAGGAGAAGAUGGAAUUGAAGCGGCGACAGGAAAUUCAUCAGCUCCAAGAGCAGAUGGAGAAAGACCACAAGGAAGCCAUGGAAAAGGAGGAGAAACUAAAGGAAGAACAUAGACACAGAGCAAAGCUCCUCUCCUUGAAACUUCGGGAAGUUGAACAACAGCGACAGCAGGAGUUGGAGCGUGUCCGCCAGGAGGAAGGUCGGGACAGGACUCGGCGGCUGUGUUCUCUACAGCAAGAGGCACUGCAGCUAAUCCAACAGAUCGAAGUGGAUUACAAGCAGCAGGAAUCUCUCCGCCUGGACCUCUCUGCUUACAGCCAUCGCGGCAACCAGAUAUGUGGCAUUUUAUCCAACAUUGUCCGUUCCAGCAGUGAGAGAGGAUAUCCCACUCAGGAUGAUGUGAGCAUGGGAGAGAGCUCCGUGCAGGAAAUGAAGGCGUUGGUCAGUAACAUGCAGCGAGACAUGGCGGCGGCUGAAGAGAGGAGGAAGGCGGAGGAAGCAGCCGCUCGCGAGAAGCAGAAAGAAUCAGAAGUACAGCAGCAAGCAAAAUCUCAGCCACAAGAUGUCAGCAAACAGACUCAGGACAAAGGGCAGGCAAGGAAAGAAGGUCUUCAAGAAAAUGCUGCUAAGAGCACAGUCCAGCGUUAUCGGCAGCUGCAGAGCACCUGUGAUCAGUGCUUGAAAUCUUUCAGUGAACUUAGUACCUGCAAAGACUCUAAGACCAAGAGUUUGAAGGCUGAACUGCAAAAAGCGGUUAAUAUCCCAGUCAGCCAGAUCUCAACAAUAUCCGGCUCCCAAUUGAGAGAGAUCUUUGACAAGAUCAAUAACGUCCUUCUAGGAAAACAGAUCACAACCGGACGUCAGGCCGUUUCAGUCUCCCAACAUCCACUAGCACUGGAGUUCGUAUAUUACAAGCUGGCUGAAAAGUUUGUGAAACAAGGGGAGGAAGAAGUAGCUUCUCAUUAUGAGGCUGCUUUUCCUAUUGCUGCUGUGGCCUGUGGUAUAUGGGAACUGCAUCCCAGGGUGGGAGACCUCCUGCUUGCUCACUUACAUAAGAAGUGCCCUUACUCCGUGCCUUUUUACCCUGCCUAUAAGGAAGGAACACCGUUUGAAGAAUAUCAGAAGUUGCUUGGAUACAAGGUGGAUGAUUCCAUGGUAGAACAGCAGGAUAAUUUCCUAAAACGCAUGUCAGGGAUGAUCCGUCUUUACGCUGCAAUCAUCCAGUUACGGUGGCCGUAUGGUACAAAACAAGCUUCACCUCAUCCUCAUGGACUUAACCAUGGUUGGAGCUGGUUGGCACAACUACUGAACAUGGAGCCCCUUGUGGAUGUUACUGCUACUCUUCUUUAUGAUUUCUUAGAGGUGUGUGGAAAUGCAUUAAGUAAACAAUACCAAGCCCAGUUUUGGAAGCUGCUUCUCCUCCUUAAGGAUGAAUACUUUCCAAGGAUUGAGAUGAUUACCAGUGCUGGGCAAAUGGGCUCAGUCACCCGACUUAGACAGUUCUUGGAGACCGCAAUACACAGGAAAGAAAUCCCCCUUCCCAAAGGAUAUUUAUCAUCUUCAUUUUGGAGAACUUGAUAUGAAUUGUUCCCAAGAUACCUACCUAAAAAAUUUUUUUUUCUCCACCCUUUUCUUUUUAUC